AUGGCCUGGCGAAGGGAAGCGAUACUGGACUGGGCCAAGGAUGCAGGCCAUGGAACGACGAUAUUGGGAACUGGUCGCAUGUGUACCGGGGCACUUGGACGUCGAGGCUAUGUGCAGCGCAAGCUUCUCCUUGAUGCUGCUCGAGCAGCUGGAUCCCUGCGCCUGGCAGGGCAGCUGGGGGAGAGCUUCGCGUACUAUACGGGGACGCCUUUGAAGCAAUCUCCGACGCGAUGCUUCGCCGGCACUGAUCGCCUGGCUCUUGAGGCAGAACUCGCCGCUGCAUCGCCGCUGCAUCUGGAAGGCUACGAGUGGCUCAACGCAUACGAGUUCGGUGCCUUCCAGAUUGCGCAAGACAGACCGACAGGCAGUUCACGAGCAACGAGCAGUGACGAGGUGGAGUGGCUCAUGGCGAAGUUGCUAGCUUUCGGAGGCAGCGCUGAGCUCCAGGGGCAGCCGGAAGUCCUCGAGGCCUCCGAAGCGCUGGCUUCGGCAGGGCUCUGGGCAGAGGCUGCAAGACGCAACUGGUUGCCAAAGUCUCUCCAAAAGGUCCUCGCAGCAAGGUGCCACUCUGGCUCGGGAUGCAGCCCUGAUGGGUUCUACCGCAUGGCAGGAGUCUUCGGCGACAAUAAUGGGUCGCUUGAAGCGGUGCGCUUCUGGCCAAUGGGGCGCAAGGUUAGCUUCGUUCCAGCCGACGGUUCCCCCACGACGAUUCAGCGAAACCCGUGGCAGCUGCAGCCACUCCGCUUCGAGCUUCAGGUUCUGCCAACAUUUGACUUUCAGCAGCGGCAGCCAUUGCUACCUGCACAGCUCUCACUGUUCGGCACAUCGUACAACAGCUCACAGCUGGCGGUCACCGGAGGCAACUUCAGCUUUCGCUUCGAAGCACUGGUGGAUCUCACCGACCGUCUGAUCAAGGCAACCUGGGCUUUGCCGUCCGGACUUUUGGACUUUACGCAGGCCGCAUCGGGCUAUUCCGGUGUCCUGAUGAACGUCACGGGGAAUGGCCUGGGUGGGCUCCUGCUGCUGGAACUCUCGGCCGGUGAAGGGAGGACGCCACUGCGAUUUGCGGUCGAGAAUAAUUUCAUCGGGAGGCGCGAAGUUUUGCUGACGUCUCACGAGGAGGCAGAGGAAGAGUUUGCUGCAGAAUUGCAGCUCCUGGGACGGCAGUCGCUCUUGCAGGAUGGUGACCUUUGGAUCAGCCGCGUGUCUGUGGGGCUCCUUGGUGCCGCUGCUCAGGCAGCAGUACUAGUCGAGAACGCCGUGGCUGUGCGGAAUGUCUUGUCUCCUUUGGCAAGCCCUACCCUGUUCGUCAAGGAUAAGACCACGGGCGAGGUCCUCUCGAGCAUGACAGUCAGCGGUUGCAUACCGACUCGACAGUACCUGGUGUUCGAAGGCGGUGGCACAGCACAGCUGUUGGAUGAGCAGCGCCAGCCUCAGGCUGCGCUGAACGUCUCCGGGGCCCUGAUGCAAGCGCCGGGAGAUUUCGUUGUGGGGGUGGAGGCAGACUCCCAGGCAACCUGCGGGGCGGGUGGCGCUCCGCCUUGGCUGCGGGCAGUGUGGCGUAGCCUGGGCGAGGAGGCCAUCUUUGGCGCAGGGACGACGGACCGGGCUUCGUUGUAG